AUGGGUUCACUGUCAUAUUUUAGGGUUGCAGAUGUUGUUCUUUUCUGUUUACUGCUUAUAAGCAAUUCAAGGGUUGCUUAUGGAAGUAAUUACCAUGAAGAUUUUGAUAUCACCUGGGGAGAUGGCCGUGGAAAAAUUGUCAACAAUGGGGAGCUUCUUAGUCUUUCUCUUGACAAGUAUUCUGGCUCAGGUUUUCAAUCAAAGAGAGAGUAUUUAUUUGGGAAGAUUGAUAUGCAACUCAAACUGGUUCCUGGAAACUCUGCUGGAACUGUAACUGCUUAUUAUAUGUCAUCACAAGGAUCAACUCAUGAUGAGAUUGAUUUCGAGUUCUUGGGGAAUUUAAGUGGCGAGCCUUACACUAUUCACACUAAUGUGUACAUUCAAGGCAAGGGGGAGAGAGAGCAGCAAUUUCACUUGUGGUUUGACCCUACCGCUGACUUUCACACAUUCUCAAUUCUUUGGAAUCCACAAACAAUUGUUUUCUCUGUGGAUGGAACACCCCUUAGAGAAUUCAAGAAUUUGGAGAAAAUUGGUGUACCAUUUCCCAAAACCCAAGCAAUGAGACUAUAUUCCAGCAUUUGGAAUGCAGAUGAAUGGGCGACGAGAGGUGGGCUAAUCAAGACUGACUGGACUCGAGCCCCCUUUACUGCUUCAUACAGAAAUUUCAAUGCACAUGCUUGCAUCAAGUCUUCUUCUAGAGCUUCCUCUUGUACUUCUGCUACACAAUCCAAUCACGCUUCAUGGUUAUCACAGAAAUUGGAUCCCACGCUUCAAAGAAGGCUCAAAUGGGUGCAAAACAAUUACAUGAUAUACAAUUAUUGCACUGAUACGAAGCGAUUUCCACAAGGUUUUCCUCCAGAAUGCAAUGCCAAAGUAACGUAG